AAAAUGCACCACUACUGAUGGUGGUGGGUGGAUGCUCGUUCACCCAUCCAAAUCCGCAUCCCUUUGCUGCACCACCCUUUUGAACGCUGCUCUGCUGGUGAUGCAUUAGUAUUUGUUCGGAAAUAUUAAUCACAAGUUUUAACACCCCAUUCUUUUCUCUCUCUCGUUCUCAUUUGCAGAUUCCGUCCCUUGUUAUUUUUGUGAGUGAGUGAAAUCACCACACUGCUUCAACAGCGCACUCCCUCAGAAUCGUCGCAAAUAUGGAUUUCCAACGAAAGCUUAAAUGAUCUCAAACCAAAACUAAUAAACAAAAGAAAAAAGUCAACAAGCAAACUACUACCUCUCUCAGGAAGAAACGCAAAGUAACAAAAAUCUGUUAAGAAAUAUUAAAAUUGAACAAAAGAAGGUGAGAAUCACUAAUUGUCGCACCACACAGAAAUACACUCAUCACCAAGCGAUUGAGCAAGGCGAGCGAGAAAAAAAAUCGCAAUCCCCCAAUGAAUUGAAUGACGACAGCAACUGUCGCGAUCCAGCCGAGUGAGAAUCUGAGUCGAUUUCCGACGACCUCGAGAGCGUCGUUGUCGUCUUCGGCACCGUGGGUCACCACCAUGAAUGAAACGCAGCAAAUGCACGCCACGGACAGCAGCCAACAGCAGAGCACCAACAACGCCAGCAGCAUACACAACAACAACAACAACAUCAACAGUAGCACCGGCGGCAAAAACAGGAGCAGCAGCCAAAGCGAUGCCAAAAUGGAGCACCACUUCCAGCUAUUACAGAGGGAACGUGAACACCAGCAGCAGCAACAGCGGGAACGAGACCAACAACAACAGCGAGAGGCCCAACAGCAUCAUCAACAAUCCUCGUCAACGACGUCGGCUACGAUGUCGCACCAACAACAGCGGGAACACCGGGAACAGCGAGAGCGUGAGCGCGAUAGGGAACGGGAACGGGAAAUGCAUCAGCAGCAGCAGCAGCGCGAACAGCAGCACCAGCAUCGGCCGUUUUCGCCGACACCAUCCGAACAGCAGCAGUAUGCACUCAAAUGGAAUGACUUCCAGUCUUCGAUACUGUCGUCCUUCCGGCAUCUGCGGGACGAGGAGGACUUUGUCGAUGUGACGAUUGCCUGCGAGCAGCGAUCCUUUACCGCCCACAAGGUAAGUGGGGUGGGGUCCAUAGCCCCCCUGCGGUUCUAGCAGGUGUGAUGCUGUGGAAUGUGUCUGAUGGAUUUAUGACGGAUUUGCCUGUACCUCAGCAUCAGGUUUUAAACUCUUCCAACACGCACUUCCUACUUCAAAUGACUGAUAAAUCUAGUGAAACACUUACCAAAAGUGAAAAAGUCUACAUUCUCAAAAAAAAAUUCAGGAAGAGUUUUCCCCUUUUUAUUAGUAUACAUUCUGGCGAUGAUAUUGUAUUGAUUUUCAUCUCGUCAAUAUUGGUUUGGUGAAAUCCAUUGCAUAGAGUGUAUGGCAUUUCUCGUGGAAAUUUCUCCAAAUAUCUUGGGAAAAUUCUGGUAGAAUAUCAUUGAGAAUUCAUUUCUUUAUUUUUUUUUUGUUUAGGUAAUUUCAUAAGCUAUGAUAGCUGAAAUUUAUGAAAUGCACUUAUUUUUCGUUCCUGAGUUAUGGCCAAUUUUAUAAUGACACAUUCUACCGUGACGUUACAACGUUUUGAUGCCUUUUUCUAUCAGAUUUUUCACUAUAAUUCGUAAACUGGACCGUAAACCCUCAAAUAUUUUUGCAUAUUCGGAUUCUUUGUAAAAUUUCCAAUAAGUAUGAUCAGUUAAACAGUUGGUUUUAACAACAUUGUAACGUCACGCUACUCAUUCCCAUUUUUAACAUACUUUCCCAAUAAAAACUAACGGUUCAACAGAUCAUACUUAUUGGAAAUUUUACAAGGAAUCCAAAUAUGUAAAGAUAUUUGAGGGUUCACGGUCGAAUCUACGCGUAAUAGUGGAAAAUCUGACAGAAAAGGCAUCAAAACGUUGUAACGUCACGGUAGAAUGUGUCUAAUAAAGACUGGACUCGAAAAAAAUGAGACGCAAAGAAUAAUGUAUAACUUUUGAUUGCGUGCACAAAAAUCGCUGAUUUUUUUACCAGGAAUAGUACAUUAUGUGUAACUAAUGCCAUAAAAAUUUCAUCAAAAUCGGUUAAGUGUUGGCGGAGAUAUCGUCGAAACAAGAGACUUACCAUUUCAUAAUCUUGGACGAACAAACACUUUAAAAAAUAUCACUUUUUUACCUAAAACUGUAGAGCCAAAAACACUGAACCGAUUUAAAUGAAAAAUUUUCUGUGCAAAAAGUAUGUAUGUAGAAGUAUUGUGUCAAAAUUUCAUUAAAUUUGAUCCAACCGUUAAAAAGUUAUAGCCAUAUAUGUAGCAGUAUGUCGCAAUAUGCAGAUGUGGUUUUUGGUAUAGUGACAUUCAAACUGCUCUAACUUUUAAAAUGUUCAACCAAAAUGGCUGAAAUUUUCACUAAAAACAGUUUAUCACAACAAUUUUACACUGUCAAAGUUUCAUAAAAAUCGGAAUAGUGUUGUGUUGUCAAUUCUACAGACAAAAUAGUGCACACUGAUUUUAAAAUGUUAAAAAGUGCCCAAAAUUUGAAAACCCCGUUUUUUUUUUGUUUGAAUUGUUAAAAAAAAAGUACUGAACCGAUUAUAAUAAAAUUUUCACCACUUAUUUUGCCUUACUUGGAGAACCUAUAGUCGAAUUUUCAGACGUUUUCAUGAUCUAACAACAAAGUUAUAGCCUAAACAAAUUUUAAAAUGGACGCCCAAAAUUUCCAAAAUCACAUUUUAUUGUCUCGACAAUAUUUGCGCCAAUACUGAACUGAUUUUAAUGAAAUUUUUAGGGUAUUAACUACACAUAAUAUGCUAUUUUUGGUUGAAAAAUCAGCUAUUUUUGUGAACGCAAUCAAAAGUUAAACAUUAUUUAGUGUGUCUCAUUUUUUUCGUGUCCAGUCUUUAUAUGCGUACAUGGUCAUUUUUCAUAAAAUUGACCAUAACUCAGGAAAGAAAAAAAAGUGCAUUCCAAAAAUUUCAGUGAUCAAAGCUUAUGAUAUUGCGUUCUCAAAAAUAUUUUUUUGAAAAUUUCCCGCGAGUUCGGGCAUAGUUUUUCCGGGUUUUCUUUAUGAAUUUUCUCAACAGUGAAAAAUUUUGUGGAAAACUUUUUCCAGUUCAUAUUUUUUCUGGAUUUCUGCAAAAAAUGCUAUCAUUUUCAUUAAAAAACUUUGUUUCUACGAUGCUUCGUUCUUGAGUUACGAUUUUUCAAAGAAAAGGCUUAUUUUUCAACAAAAUUGGCCAUAACUCAAAAACGAACAAAAGUGCAUUCCAAAAAUUUCAGCGAUUAAAGCUUAUGAAAUAACCUUCUAAAAAUAUGUUUUUUGAAAAUUUUUACAAGGCAUAGUUUUUUCGGCUUUUCUUUACGAAUUUUCUCAACUGUGGAAAACUUUUUACAGUUCAUAUUUUUAUUUUUUUGAAUUUCUGAGAAAAUUUGCUUUCAGUUUCUAAAAAAAACUUUGUUUCUACGAUGCUUCGUUCUUGAGCUGAUUUUUCAAAGUAAGUUGUGUCAGGAAAAAAAAAACAGUUUUCCGGAAAAACAGGCGACCCUGAAUUUUUCUCAUUUUUUCAUAUAUCCAUGAGGCAGUGCUGGAAAAAGUUUCAUGAAAAUCUGAAACCCUUUGGCGCAAUUUGUGCAUCCAUACGUAAUGGAAAUUUCUCCUCUUAAGGCGAAACUGGAAGCAUUUCCUCAUUUUUUGGUUUUUGAUUUUUUAUUAAAUAACGGAGCAAUAUUUUCCAAAUCGGUUUUCGUUCACGUGUAGAGUUUGGAUCAAGGUAUCUCUUGAUUUUUUUUUUUUUGUGGUGAAAUGUUUGUAGUUUUUGCAGAAACCAUUUUUAAUCAAAAUUUAAAAAAAACAUGGUUUCUGCAAAAACGGAAAACAUUUUUACCACCAAAAAGAAUCAGGAGGUACCUUGGUCCAUACUCUAUAUGUGCACGAAAACCGAUUUUGAAAAUAUUGCUUCGUUAUUUAAUGAAAAAUCAAAAACCAAAAAUAUGAGGAAAUGCUUCCAGUUUCGCCUUAAGUACAGGGGAUAGACAAAAUGAUCGGGGCAGACAAAAUUUUCACUUUUCAAAAAAUGUUCAACUAGCUGUAACUUUUCGAAAAAAGCAUCAAAAACUCUCAAAUUUUUACUGUAAGUUGGUCAACUACAUGAAAUGAGAAAGAUUCUAUGUACUAUAAAGCAUAAUUAUCUGAUAGCCAACUUUGAGCUGUAAUAUCUCCGGAUUUCAUGAACCGAAUGCAAUGAAAUUUUAACCAUUCAUGACUUAUAUAAUGAGCUUGGAAAAACGGUUGACUUAACUCAAAAUUGUUUGUAAGAAAAAAGUUAGAGCGAUUUAAUUUAUUAUAUAAAUUUUUGGUAAAUUUUAGUCUAUUUUUAACAUGCAUUUUAUAACUUGUUUCAAUUUAUUAUCGGAUAUUUUGUUACUUUCGUCCAGAACAUAUCUUUAUUAAAAUCAAUAAGAGGAAAUAUAACUGAACUUCAAUUACCACCUUAAAUUUUGAUGCGAUGUUGAAGUUUCGUUAUAAUUUUCUUCCGUGUUAACAAUUUAAGGUUUAGUCAAAAGUUUUUUGAAGUUCUUUAUAUAAGUCAUAAACGCUCCAAAUUGCAUUACAUUCGAUUCAUUGAAUCCGGAGAUAUACCAGUUCAAGGUUGGCUAUCUGAUAAUUAUGUCUUUUACCAGAAUCUUUCGUACUUCAUGUAGAAUAGCCUGAUCUUUCUCAAAAUUGAUAAACAACUAGUUGGC